CGGAGCUGCAGAGACUUCAAACCUCCAACAUGAGCCUGGUUCUGGAGAACUACAUCGGUGGGAAGUUCGUGUCCUGCAGCAGGCAUGUGGACUCGUACGAGCCGUCCACUGGAGAGCUGUACUGCAAAGUACCGGACAGUGGAGUCCAAGAGGUGGAGGCAGCAGUGAAGGCAGCUAACGAAGCAUUUCCCGGUUGGUCAGCCACGAGUCCGGCGGAGAGAGCUCGAGCUCUGAAUAAACUGGCUGAUCUGAUCGAGGCUCGUCUGGAGGAAUUCGCCCAGGCUGAAUCUAAAGACCAGGGAAAGACGAUCAGCUUCGCCCGAACCGUGGACAUCCCCCGCGCUGCCUACAACUUCCGAUUCUUCGCCUCAUCGGUCCAGCACCACACCACAGAGUGCAGUGAGAUGGACCACAUGGGGUGUCUGAACUACACCGUGCGCUGCCCUGUCGGCGUGGCCGGCCUGAUCAGUCCGUGGAAUCUGCCGCUCUACCUGCUCACCUGGAAGAUAGCGCCGGCGGUGGCUACAGGGAACACGGUGGUGGCCAAACCCAGUGAGAUGACCUCCGUCACCGCCUGGAUGAUGUGCAAACUUGUGGAGGAGGCUGGUUUUCCUCCCGGUGUUAUAAACGUAGUGUUCGGGACGGGCCCUCGUGCAGGAGACGCCCUGGUCUCUCACCCCGACGUUCCCCUGAUUUCGUUCACGGGCAGCACGGCGACGGCGCGGGUGAUAACCGAGCGCAGCGCCCCCUACUGUAAGAAACUCUCACUGGAGCUAGGAGGUAAAAACCCGGCCAUCGUGUUCGCGGACGCCGAUCUGGAGCAGUGCAUCAGCACCACAGUGCGCUCCAGCUUCUCCAAUCAGGGCGAGAUCUGUCUCUGUACCAGCAGGAUCUUCGUGGAGAGGAGUAUCUACCCACAAUUCCUAGCAAGGUUUGUGGAGGCAGCUCGCCAGUGGAAGACCGGUGUGCCCUCUGACCCGACCAAUCAGAACGGAGCGCUAAUCAGCAAGGAGCAUUUAGAGAAGGUUCGGGGGUUCGUGGCGCUCGCCAGGGCAGAAGGAGCCCAGGUGCAUUGUGGGGAAGGAGUCGAGACCCUCGACCUUCCACUGAAACAUGCAGCUGGGUACUUCAUGCCUCCGACCGUGAUCUCGGGGGUCGGCGACUCCUCGGCCGUGAUGCAGGAGGAGAUAUUCGGCCCCGUCACCUGCGUCACGCCCUUCGAUCACGAAGAGGAAGUGAUAUCACGGGCCAACGGCGUGCGCUACGGCCUGGCCGCCACCGUGUGGUCACGUGACGUGGGUAAGGUCCACCGGGUGGCUCGGAGGCUGCAGGCCGGGUUAGUGUGGACCAACUGUUGGCUCGUCCGGGACUUGAACCUGCCGUUCGGAGGAAUGAAGAACUCGGGGAUCGGUAGAGAGGGAGGGAAAGAUUCCUACCACUUCUUCACCGAGGUUAAAACCAUCACCAUCAAACACUGAGGAGCCGGACACACGCGGUGGGUUCCAGAAAUCUGCUGACCAUCACAGUCAAACACUGAGGAGCCGGACACACACGACGGUGUCCAGAAAUCUGCCGGAACCACCACAGAGCUCCGGCAUGAAACGUUUUGUGCUGAUAAUAAAGAAAUGUUAAGAAAUCA